ACUGACAUUCAUUUGUAAUGUUAACGGUUGGAAGGUUGGACGCUAGACGCUCGUCACUGAACGUAAACAAACACAAACUGUUUGAUAACAAAAAUGUGGUUAUAGUAAUAUUUAUUUCAUUAAUUGACUGAGUGCCUGGAAGUGCAGUAUUUCUAGUGUUUUUCUGAGUGAACAAACUAAUUAAUAUUUGGCUUAAAGCUGGAUGAAACAUGAAAUCAACGAAGAAGAUUGAGUCACAAUUUGUGUGCAAACCCCUAGACAGCUACAGUGAAAUAUUGCUGUUUUUGGAAAACCCGCCGCCUUGGCGGACCUUAUGUCAAGAAAUGACGCCACACAGUGACUAUUUAAUACGGAAUAUAGAAAUAAAUAAUAAAGAUUCUUGGUCCCUUAUGAGACCGGAAAAUUUUUGUCAUUUUGACCCAGACUUAGAAGAUGUGAAAAGAUACGAGUCUAAAAGUUUGCCAAAAACUUUAGUUUGCCAUGAUAUGGCCAAUGGAUACCACGAUGACAGUGUAAUAGAGGGCACAAGUAAAUUUGAUGCAUACACAUUCUACAACUGGGCGGGCAUUGAUAUAUUCUGCUACUUCAGCCACCACCUGAUUACAAUACCUCCGGUGGGCUGGAUCAACGUCGGCCACGCGCAUGGUGUCAAAGUUAUUGGCACCAUCAUCACGGAGUGGGGAGAUGGUAUCGGAUUUUGGGACCAAGUGUUAUCUUCAGAGACAAAGUACCAGGAUGUGGCCAGCGCGCUCGUUGCAAUUGCCAAAACCCUAAAGUUUGAUGGGUACCUUCUAAAUGUUGAGAACAAGGUCACACACCCGGACAUGUUGCUGCAGUUUGUGAAGUACUUCCACCGCAUGCUGCACGCCGAGCUGCCGCACGCCACGCUCUUGUGGUACGACAGCGUCACCAUUUCGGGGACUCUCAACUGGCAGAACAAACUUAAUGAAAAGAAUAUGGCAUUCUUCGAGGCGUGCGACGGACUGUUCACAAACUACUCGUGGACGAAGGAGGACGUGGAGUCGAGCGCGGCACUGGCGGGCAGCCGCAUCACCGACCUCUACAUCGGCAUCGACGUCUGGGGCCGGAACUUCUACGGCGGUGGACAGUUCAACACGCAGGAGGCCGUGAAGGUAGUGCACGCGGCGGGCUGCUCGCUGGCGGUGUUCGCGCCGGCCUGGACGCACGAGGCACUGGGCGCCGAGCACGCGGCCGCCGACCAGGCUAGCGCCCCGUCGGCGGGCGCCCAGCAGGCGGGCGCUCAGCAGGCGGGCGCCCAACAGGCGGGCGCCCAACAGGAGGGUGGUCAGCCGGCGGGCGCCGAACAGGUGGGCGCCGAGCAGACCGCGGCCAGCCCCAGCCCCAGCCACGUGGCCAUGGGCGAGGACAUGGAGCAGUACGCCAAGGUGGAGCUGCGCGAGCGAGCACUGUGGGGCAGUCUGUGGCCGUUCCUCAACACGCGCGUGCCCAACCAGCUCCCCUUCCAGACCUCCUUCUGCAGGGGACUGGGGAAGAAGCGCUUCUUGUACGGCGAGCAGUACCAGCCCAACUCCGCGCACGGCCCGCACGGCUACAUCCUGACGCCGCUCGAGAACCUGGCCACCGUCCACCGCGCCGUGCAGUACAAGGACAAGAAGGGCAUCAUCCGCAUCCGCAACACCUUCCAGCAGAACCGACACUCGCUGCACGCCACCAAGGACACGCUCCACGAAGAGGCCGCCGCCGACGCCGAGGACGCCGCGCCUCCCGACGCCGACACCAAGCAGUACAAGGCAAAGACGUCUCUGAGGAAUAUGUUCAGACCGAAAGCGUUGAGGAUAUCCAGUGACGACGGCGAGAGCGCGGCCGCCGGCCGGGCCGCGGACGCGCAGCCCGGCGCGGAGGCCGACGAGGCGUCCGUCAACCUCAAGCUGGGCGUGGCGGACAAGAUGCGCUACGGCCUGGCGCGCGUGCGCGGCGAGCACGCCUGCCUCGAGCUGUACCUGCGCGACGCCUUCUCGGGCGGCUCGUGUCUGCGCGUCAACCCGUCCGACGAGCUGUGCGCCGAGCACCGCGUCACGCGCCUGCUGCACUGCGACUGGCCGUGCGAGACCGCGCUCAUCUUCUGCGUCGUCACCAAGCGCCUGCCCGCCUUCCCCGACCAGAGCCUCAACGUGAAGCUGUACAUGAAGAACGCGGCGGGGCAGGACCUGGUGGUGGUGCUGACGGGGCGCGAGGUGGCGGCGGGCGGCGCGCUGGGCGCGGGCGCGGCGGGCACGCACCACGUGUACCCGCUGCGCACGGCGGCCGAGCCCGUCCUGCGCGCGCUGCGCACCUACCUGCUACUGUCGCAGCCCGGCUUCUACGUGCCCAUCGACAACCUGUUCGGCUGGACGGUCCGGUACUACGAGGUGGAGGUGCCGGGCGCGCGCGUGACGUCGGUGAACCUGCGCACUGCGAUGGAGCAGGGCGGCAUCCUGCUGGGACACUUCGCAGUCUGCCGCAAGCUAAUUAACCAGAGUUGGACGAAGACUACUGAAAAUACUGUUAGUCUUGCCACGAACAAGCCCGCCCAGGGCUUUAACGACGACUACGAGGACCUCUGUGUCGCUCAGUAG